UAUAAGCCAAUAAAUGAUAGUUUGAUGCCCUUCUCACUCACUCUUUAAUGCUACUCUUUUUGAGCAGAGGAUAGCAAAAUGCAUUAUUUAUUAGCUUCUUUGGAUCUGCCAUCGGAAUGUUAUUGCAAACAUAACCAACAUAACCUAGACUUCUGUGUGUUUUACCAUUUUUGUAGAUAAAAAAUGCCGAUGUUGUGCAGUGCAGAUGGUUGCCCCAGUAAACAAGUAAAAGGAAUAUCAUUUUUUCGAUGUCCUAAAGACAAGUCCAGAUGCGAAAACUGGAAACGUGCGUUGGGGUUUGUUGGUAACCAUAAAUAUGCAAAUUUGACCCCGGAACAAUGUCAAGCUAGGAUAAAAAUUUGCAGUUUGCACUUUCCUGAAGGAACUUAUAUAAAACACAAUAUGAAAGGUCACCUAGAUUACGAUGCUAUUCCCUCAUUGAAUUUGUUGAAAAAUGAUGACGUUAAGGACCACAACGAUGUUUCUAUUAAAACAGAAAAUGAUGAUGAGCUCAUCAAAAAUGAUUCAAUACGCACAGAAGAUACAACAGAUGUUGCCAACAGUUAUGAAGAUAUUUCUCAUAUCCAAUAUGCUUAUGUGAAAGAUGAAGGAGACCCCACAGACAUUAUUAUUAAAACAGAAAAAGAUGAUGGAAGCUACGGAAAUGUUUCUUUUCACAAUGAGUGUACCCAAGAUGUCAAAAGUUGCAAAGACGCUUUUCAGACAUACAUUUUUCCGAAAGAUGAAGAAGACCACGCGGAUGUUCCUAUUAAAACAGAAAAAGAUUGUAGCAGUUACGAAAGUGUCUUGCUUCAUAGCGAAUAUAUGCACGAUGAUGUCAAAAAGUACGAAGAUGUUUCAACAAGUCAUUUUGCCAAGGAUCACGUGAGCUUUAAGAAUGUUUCCCUUCAAACGGAAGAUACGCCAGUUAUAGUCACAAGUUAUAAAGACGUUUCUCUUCAAACGUGUGUUUUUGGAAAUGAUAAGUCGAUACAAACAGUACCCGCCCUCCCCAUAGUUCCGCCUAAGAAAACAAAAUCGGUGCAGGAAACCAAAAGUUUAAAAAGACCUGAGGCGCAGUCAUCAACGUCUUUAUCAAAGAAAAGGAAAACUGACGACGAGACGGAACCGGAAAUAACUAUAAAAGACGUGCACAAAUAUUUGGAAAAAAAUUAUUCGGAGUCUUCUUUCAAAUCAAUAAAAACCCAGUUGGAUUUGUUAAACACGUCGCCCAAGGGUUGCCGGUACACCGACGAGUUCAAGAAAGUCGCUUUGAGCAUUUACUUCUUGGAUCCCAAGUCAUACAGGCAAUUUUACACCCUGUACAGGUUGCCCUCGAAGAGAACGCUCACCCGCUUCAACAAAAAAUGGGUGAUCAGUCCCGGUUUUAACGACUUCAUUUUUUGUUUCCUCGAGCUCAGGGGCAAACUGUUCAAAGGCAACGAGAAAGAUUGCGUCGUCUGCUUGGACGAAGUCGGCGUGAAACCGCAUUUCUUCUACGACAUUUCCAGGGAUAAAAUAGUGGGCUUUCAGGAAGGGCACAGUUCGAAUAGCGCGAAAAUCGCGACCACCGCCUUGGUGGUUAUGGUCCGCGGGUUGGCGAGCAACUGGACCCAACCCAUCGCGUAUUUCUUCUACCAUUCGAAUACGCCCCCCGAGGAAAUGAAAAACAUUUUAUUCGAGAGCGUCGAAAGGUUGACCUCCAUAGGGUUUAACGUGCUGGGGGUAGUUUCGGAUCAGGGAAGCAAUUUUCGAAAACUGGUUAAUAUCCUUAAAGUUACUACAAAAAAUAAUUUCUUUUUCGUAAAUGACGUAAGACUCGUGUACCUGUUCGACGUACCUCACCUCUUAAAGUCGACCAGGAAUAAAUUGUUUUCCUACAACUUUCGAACACCGGAAGGGACGGUAAAAAAAUGCUAUUUGGAUACGCUUUUUGAACAAGACGCGAAGAGGGAAUAUCGACUUUGUCCGAAAUUGACUAACCAGCACUUAUCUCCCGACAGCGUUCAUAAAUUGAAGGUUAGGUUCGCAUCGCAAAUGCUUAGUCAUUCUGUGGCGGCAGCACUCUAUGCCUACAUAGACUUCAAGGUUUUGCCGCCAGAGGCCGCCGCAACCGCGAGUUUCGUUAAAACGAUGAACGACCUGUUGGACGCGUUGAAUUCUUUUACCGGCACGGAAAAAGAACUUAAAUUUCUGCAACGAAUCGAGUCCGUGUUCGAUAACUUGACGGUUACGAAAGUGGUUAAGCGGCGAGAAAAGUACGUCGAAAAGUGUUUAAACAAUCAAAUGCAUUUUAUAUACGGAUGGAAAUUGACCAUCGGUUCCGUUAAAGCGUUGUGGGAAACGUUAAAAUCCAAGAGAUACGCAUUUUUGCCGACAAGGAACCUCGGUCAGGAGUGUAUCGAAAACUCUUUCGGCCAUAUUAAAAAUUACGGGAACCCAAUGAAUCGGACCCCGGUUCAAUUUUCCCGGGCGUUUAAAAAAGUGUUCGCGCUUAAACAUUUUAAUGGAGCCGACGGUGCGGGUUACGUGGACGACAUCAACGAGGUUUUGUUGAAAACGCCGGAAUUGUUGGAGAAGUGCAAAAGCGUAAGGGCAGAGCUGAAAAGUAAACCGUUGAAAGUUUUCACGAGCGAUUACAGAAACAUUUCCUGCGGCGACGGUAACACGCUGGUUUGCGUUACCGAGUAUUUGCUUAAAAAAAGUCUGUUCCAACAUACCUGCGACGUAUGUCUGAACUAUAUCGAACGUUGUUCCUCGCAAAACGAGGCCAUGUGGUUCUUCCAGGCCUGCGGUUCUAACGAAUGCGGUAGUUUAAAUGCUCCUGCUGUAGACUUUAUCGUUAAAUUAGAGAAUAUUUUUGUCGAAAAUUUCAAUACUCUGGCGUGUCAAAACCACAUCGGUCGAAAACUAAUGGAUCUGUUUAAAAACGUACCUUUUGCGCAUCCAUGCGAAAACUUUCCCUUUGAAUAUUUCGUCGCGCUGUAUAUUAGGAUACGAAUAUAUUUCACGAUAAAAUUUGCGAAUCGUGAUGUUAAAGAACAGAGAAAGGAAAAAAGGAAGAACUUGAACUUAAAUAUUUUGCAAAAUUUGUAAAAAUGGAUGUGUGAAGCUGUACUUACAAGUAUUUUGUUGCCUUAAUUUCUCGU